AUGAAUAAGACGUCGAGGACUGAUGAACCAUACGACGGCGAAGGACUGAACCAGAAUCCCAAUAUCUUCUCCAACGACCUCGUCACCAACGAGGACUUCAACGGUAUCGCUAACGCCCGCGAACGUCGGGCACGCAACUCCAGGAGCAUGGCUAACUCGGGUCAGCCCAUCGCACGGGACGUGUCCGUCGCCUCUGAUGAUGAUGACCGCUCCAGCAUUAGUAAAGGACUGGCCCUUGGGGACGGCCAGCCGCCUGAGAAGUCCAUGAACUUGGCUCAGGCACACGACGGCCCGGCAGCGUCGUCCAACGCGUCCGUCUCCGCGUCCCCUAAGAAGCGCAGCGGUCCGACGAGCCUUCUGCGGAAAACCUUCAUGUACAUCGUCACCCUCGGGAAAUUCGUGGGGCCCGGCUUCCUCGUCGCCGUCGCCUACAUCGACCCGGGCAAUUACUCCACCGGCAUCAGUGCCGGUGCCGCCUUUCGCUUCCAGUUGCUCUUCAUCAUUCUGCUCAGCAACCUGUUCGCCAUCCUGCUCCAAUGCCUCGCGGUCAAGCUCGGCACUGUCACGGGCAUGAACCUGGCUGAGUGCUGUCGUGCCUUUCUUCCUAGAUGGAUGAACUACUUUCUGUACUUCCUCGCUGAAGCGGCUAUCCUCGCAACAGACAUAGCUGAGGUCAUCGGUACAGCCAUUGCGCUGAACUUGCUGAUCCCCGCCAUCCCGCUUGUCGCGGGAUGUGCGCUCUCCAUCUUGGAUGUUUUCAUCAUUCUCUUUUUCUAUCGGCCCACCGGUUCCAUGAACGGUCUCCGCAUCUUCGAGAUCUUCGUCAUGCUCUUGGUCUUGACCGUCGCUGCUUGCUUCUCCAUCCAGCUCUCGCUCAUCAAAGAUACCCGCGUUGGUGAGGUCUUCCGCGGCUACCUUCCUAGCGAUGUCAUUACCAAGUCAGAAGGGCUGUAUCAGGCUUGCGGAAUUCUGGGUGCCACCGUGAUGCCGCACUCGUUAUACCUCGGUUCAGGGGUGGUUCAGAGUCGUUUGAGAGAUUACGACCUGAGGAAAGGUCUGUUGCCAGAGAACUCGGCCGGCUACACCGUCGAGGACCUAAAAACUGGGGAUAAGACGUAUUACGUCCCCAGUCUAGCAGCCAUCAAGUAUUCUCUCAAGUACACCUAUACCGAGGUGGGCGUGACCCUCUUCACCUUCGCCCUCUUCGUCAACAGCGCCAUCCUCAUUGUCUCCGGCGCCAGCCUAUUCGGGAACCCCGACGUCUCGGACGCUGACAUCUUCAGCAUCCACGAUUUGCUGGCCAAAUCCAUCAGCCCCUUUGCCGGCGUCAUCUUCGCCCUCGCGCUGCUCUUCUCCGGUGUCUCAGCCGGCAUCGUCUGCACCAUCUCCGGUCAGAUGGUCAGCGAAGGUGCCCUCAGAUGGAAGGUUAAGCCCUGGCUCCGCCGCCUCAUCACGCGGUCCAUUGCUAUCACCCCUAGCAUCAUCGUUGCCGGUGCCACGGGCCGCUCGAAGCUCAACGACGCUCUUAACGGGACGCAAGUCGUCCUUAGUAUCGUGCUGCCCUUCGUCUCAGCCCCUCUCAUCUGGUUCACUUGCUUCAACAAGUAUAUGGUCGUCCGGUCCGGCCAGUCCAGGGUGCGCGUCGAAGGCAAGGACACAAGCCCGGCCUCCACCAGUGCUGCGGGCGUGCUCGAGAAAACUGACCAAGAGGUCGGUGAAGAGACCGAGCGAAUAGUGAAGAUGGGGAACCCGUGGUACAUCUGUGUUGCGGCCGUAGUCGUCUGGCUUCUCAUUGUCAUUCUCAACGUCGCCAACCUAGUGCUUCUGGGACAAGGCUAG